CCAAUGCGUGCAGGUGGGCUAUCCACCCUAUUUUCACUGCUUCUCUUGCCCGGCGGGUCACGAGGUGAACGGAACAACCUGCCAGGACAUAAACGAGUGCGAGGUGUACUACCCAUGCGACGACCUCACGAGCUGCACCAAUCUCAGUCCGGGCUUCCAGUGCGGUCCGUGUCCAGUCGGCUUCGAUGGAACCCAUGCCCACGGCUAUUACGCCGAUUACUACUCCCUGGACUAUCGCAAGCAAACCUGCCUAGACAUCGACGAGUGCCGGACUGGAUUCUUCCGAUGCCCUGAGCAUUCCACCUGCAUAAAUGAGAUUGGCUCCUACAGAUGCCAGUGCCAUGAAGGCUAUGUGACGAACAGCACCUACAGCUGCCUGGACAGAUCCUCGGUGUCCGUGUGUCCAGAUGGAACUGUUUGCGAUCGCAAUGCCGCGUGCUUCCGGAUGGACAAUUUGCUCCACAGGUGCCACUGCAAUGUCGGAUGGGCAGGCAAUGGAUUGCUUUGCGGAAGAGAUUCCGACAUGGAUGGAUGGCCAGACCAAAAGCUUGAAUGCCCGGAUCUGCACUGCCACCGGGACAACUGCCCGAUGCUGCCCAAUUCGGGUCAGGAGGAUGCAGAUCUAGAUGGUUAUGGUGAUGGGUGUGAUGAGGACGCCGACGGCGACAAUGUCCAGAACACUCAGGAUAACUGCCCGCUGAACUUCAACACGGAGCAGGUGGACUCCGAUGGCGACAGAGUGGGCGAUGUGUGUGACAACUGUGUGCUCAAGUACAAUCCCGGGCAGCUGGACACGGAUGAGGAUGGUCGGGGUGAUGAGUGCGAUGGGGACAUCGAUAAUGAUUCCAUACCCAAUGAGCUGGACAACUGCCCCUUGCUGCCGAAUCCCAGUCAAGCUGAUAGUGACAACGAUGGUGUGGGCAAUGUGUGCGACAACUGCCCGAAUCUCCCAAAUCCCGAUCAGAAGGAUCGCGACAUGGACUUUGUGGGCGAUGCCUGUCACCGUGACAUAGAUGGGGAUGACGAUGGAGUGCCAAACUCUUUGGACAACUGCCCCAUGGUCAGCAACUCAGAUCAGCUGGACACCGAUGGGGAUGGAACGGGCGACGAGUGCGAUGAUGACAUGGAUGGCGAUGGCGUACCCAACUACAAGGACAACUGUCCGCUGGCCAGCAAUCCCAAGCAGGAGGACUUCAAUCGCAAUGGCAAGGGUGACUGUUGCGAGGAGGACGAGGACGUGGAUGGGGUGCCCAAUACCAUAGAUAAUUGCCCCAACAACUCGAUGAUCCAACAUACGGAUUUCCGCACCCUUCAAACCAUCCCACUGGACCCGAAAGGCCUAUCCCAAGCGGAUCCCAACUGGGUGGUGCAUGCCAACGGCACCGAGAUUGUCCAGACCCUCAACUCGGAUCCAGGCCUGGCCGUGGGUAAAGAUGCCUUCGGCGGUGUGGACUUCGAUGGCACCUUCUAUAUCAACGAUGAUACGGAUGACGACUAUGCGGGUUUUGUUUUCAGCUACCAGAGUAGCUACAAAUACUAUGUGGUUCAGUGGAAGAAGGGUACCCAAACCUACUGGGAGCCACGACCCUUCACCGCAUCCGCGGCACCAGGAAUCCAGAUCAAGCUGGUCAACAGCACAGAGGGUCCUGGGCCCACAAUGCGGAAUAGUUUGUGGCACGAGGGUAAUACCGAUGGGGAGGCCAGACUGCUGUGGAAGGAUCCGAAGAACAUUGCCUGGAAGGAGAGAACCUCCUACCGCUGGUCCCUGGUGCAUCGACCGGCCAUUGGCCUCAUCCGCCUGCAAAUGUACGAGGGUCACCGCCUGAUCUUCGACUCGGGCAAUGUUUUCGACUCCACGCUGAAGGGCGGACGGCUGGGCGUGUUCUGCUUCUCGCAAAGGAUGAUUAUAUGGUCCAACCUGCAGUACAAGUGCAAUAACCGCGUAAAAGCCCUGAUCUACAAUGAUCUGUCCGAUUAUCUGAAGACGAAGGUGGAGUUGCAGGACUGAUGAGAAUGUCCGCCCAGUAAUCCUUUUUUGCCAUCAAUUUUAACCAAAUUAAAUAGUAAUGCUACCACUUAGUUAAUAAAAGAGUUGCCAGCCGAGUUGGCCAUUUAAGAAACA